CCGACCGUAUAUGAAACAAUACACGCGCACUCAAACCUAACCGAGGCUGGCCUUGGUUCGGAUGACCGCAGUGGUGCUGCCUCCCUGAGCUCCACAGCCGUGCAGGUGCCGAGUCCGAGCGGCACACCGGGCCUAGCGGCUCUGAGAGUGGGGAAACGGCAUGCCGGAGCCGGGGGAUAUAUCUCAUGUGAUCCGUUGUGUCAGGACAGAGCGUUGAAAUUCAGAGUGAGUCAAAGGUAAACACAAAGGCUUUGGUGUUCCAUGUGCCCGUUAGCGUCUUUUUGGCAAGAUGAGUACAGACAGACCCAAACGGAACAUCAUCAAAAAGAAAUAUGACAUCAGUGACGGGAUGCCGUGGUGUGAAGAACGUCUCGUCCGCAAAGUCCUCUUCCUCUCCCUCAGGGAAUUCAGAGACACACACCGUGCCACACAAAAACACUCACACAUACACACACGUGCGCACAAGCACACAACUAAAAAUACUCUCCUACAUGCUCAGCGAAAGACACGGACACUGCCAAAAACACACAAGCAGAAAAACACACGCACAAGACAGAGUGUGCACACGCCACGACAAAGACCACCCAACACACACACAGAGAAAAAGACACAAAAUAUGCAUAUUUCAAAACCCCCUCAUGGAGACUCCAACAAAGGGCGAAAAAAUGACUUGCCUCAGGACUCAAGCACACAAAGAAAUAAAUGUACGUCUACACUACAGAACAUGCAAACACAAUCACCGAAAAUGAUACACACUGUGCAGCAUACACUUCUGCAAGAAAAUACACACACACUCCAGAGGAAUUCUGUAUCCACCAGGACACUACGCUCACAUAAAACACAGAAAACACUGCCUCUGCUCAACUCAAAACACGCAGGAAGUGCAAAACACACACUUGUUGUUCAGCACAAACACUCAGUGAAGAACACACAGACGCUGCUGAAAGCUGCUGUCCACCCCAGGAUGCUGCGCUCACACACCCCCACACGCCUCAGGGGCUCCAUGGUUAACGGCACAAUCAGCCGUUGUCAGUCCCUCCUGUCGGCCCGCUGGAGCCUCUCCCUGCCGACGCAGCGCCGCCCGGCCAGCCUCCACCGUCACAGGGACGACCCCUCCAGCAAGAGACCACGGCUGCAGGCGCAGAGGAAGUUUGCUCAGUCCCCUCCCAGCUCUCCAGGGCCGCCAGCGAUGAUGUCAUCAGCACGAGGUGACCACACCAACAAUCUGGCGGUGGUCACCUGUCUGACGAGGAAGCGACCCAAGACCGAGGACUUCCUGUCCUUUCUCUGUCUGAGAGGUUCAGCAGCGUUGCCUAGCAACAUGGCCUUCCUAGCAAGUGGACAAGCGAAGGAGCCAGCUGGCACUCAGCAUGUUACUUCCUGUCUCUCAACCAAUCACAGGACUGCAGCGCAGGGGAAGAACUUGAGCAUCUUCAGCAGAACAACAGUGCAGCGUGACUCUCGCUCUCCGAGGGGGGGGCCUGCUGGCUCUGCAGCAGGGGGCUCCUUCUGCCCUCUGAGCGCCCGGGCACAGAGGAGGCGGGAGAGAGAGAGGAGGAGUAGAGAGGGGGGAUCUGAGAGACACCUGCUGAGACCCCGGCAGCUCCCCCUGCAGGUCAGGAGGACGGACCAGGUUUCCGUGGUGACCGGACUCUCUGAACAAAGAGCUUCCUGUGUCAGGUCGGUUCCCAUCUUGAAGCCAAGCAUAGGGGGGGCCAGCAGACGCUCCCCCAGGCCCUCCACAAGGCCUAGCAAUACCUGCAAACCCAGACUCCAGGAAGCCAACAACAAACACCUCACCCGGCGCAGCAAACACCAGCUGCUUCGCAACCAGCGCCUUCCUCCACCCCCCCGCACCGCCUCAGACCAAUCCAGCCACCCAAAGCCCUUCAGCAGUGUGCAGAACUCAGGAAGACAUCCCAGCAGGACUCAUAACCCGGUGACUAAUGGCUCAGUGAACAGAGCGCUCAGUGAGAACCCUGCGGUUCUGAGGUCGUCCAGGAGAAGGAGAGGCCUACCCCCCGACACCAGCCCGACCCCUCCAAACAACAAGAACUCAAAGAAGGGCAGGACAGUGCAGUGCAGCCAUGCUGAUGUCCCAGAGGAGAGGGACUGCCAUGUUGAGGAGAUCCCUCAGAGGGAGGCCAGCUGUGAUGCAGAUGUGAGAGAGGAGUCUGUAUGUCACAUUAGUGAAAUCACUGAAGACCUUCCACAGGACACAUGUGGCCAUGUUGGAGAGAUGACAGUAGAGAGGGGUUGUGGUGUUAGUGAAGACAAUCAUGUUGAAAGUCUGUCCGCCGUCUGUUCUCAAGAAGAUAACCUUUCCAACAUGAUCGCAAACUCUGAGCUGGGCCCCGUCAGUGAGGUCAUCAGCAGACACGUGAGAGACAGAAGGCUCCAGAGAAAUCAGACAGUCCCCAGGCCAAUGACCAAGACUGCUGAUUCCAGGACGAGGACUAAUGUAACUAAAGCUGCUAUGAACUCAUUGACUUCUACACACACACACAGUAACCCACCAGCCAGUGUUUCUGCCAAGCACACUGCUAAGGGCCCUAAUACAUGUACUAGCAAGGGCACAACCAAGUGUACUUCACCAGCCAGCAGAUGCGCCACAAUCCUGAAUUCCAAAGGUGCUGUAAAAGACUCUUCCAAGGGUACCACAGAGGACUCGUCCAAGGACUGUUCAGCUGUCAGUAGCUAUUCCAACACUUCCAGGAGCUCUGCAAAGGGGCCCACCCACACCAAGUCUACUACCUCAGCCAUUAAGACUAGAAGCAGCCCUAGAAUCCUCCAGAAGCACUAACAAACAUCUGAUUAACUAUAUUCAGAAAUUGAUGAUUAGAUUAUGAUCUAAAAAACAUUGGAUACUGUAAUGUACUGGUUCUAUCAACACUGCAUGGUCAUGGUUUUGGGGUGGUUGGGUAGUGAAAAUGUACUGUUCACUACACAUGUCAAUAACUUUGGGAUCAUUUUAAUUCUUUAAAAGUUCGGACUGUGAGGCUCAUGAACACCUUCCGUUUGGCGCAGACUGGUCAGUAAGAGGAGAUGUCUAUAAGGGAGUAAAGACAGACUUCCCGUACACCGUCCUUUACUUGCAUUCAACUUUAUGUAACAAAACAAUGUUUCCAACCUUAGAUCUUCAUGAGGAAACGCUUUAAGGUGAGGUUUUACCUGAGAAAGAUCUUAUAACAAACUUAUUUCUUAAUGAAGUAAAUAACAAUUUAAAAGACAGUGUGUCCAACAAUUUUCACAGUCUAAUGGCAGACAAGUUGUGUAAGGGAUUGUACAGAUACUGCCCUGCUGAACCUGAAAUGAUAGCUUGAUAUUUUUGUAUACAUUACAUGGAAAAGCACAUAGUUAAACAGGAGUGGGCUGUGCAGUUUGUCUGCCAUUUCAUUCAGCAGGAAUAAUCUGUUCAGGACUGUUUGGAUUCUGAGGUGUCCUUUACGCUGGGGACAUGUCCCCCCCAAAUGGCAUUCACCCUGUAGGAUAAAUGACUGGCCCACAGACAUCAUGGGUAUUGAUACUGAAAUGUCAGCAGGUUUCAGGAUGACAUCAGGUGCUUUAGGUGCUAUUAGCUUCCCAUAAGCUGAUUUUGGGAGGUUAAAUCAAAUAGAGCUCAAAUGUUAUGGCUUUAUUAACUAAUGUUUCACUUGACCUCACAGUAAAGCCCCUGUGUGUGUGUAGGAUCAACAUAUUACACCUGUUUAAGUGACUCCAAAAUAAAAAUGAUAAAAGAAACAGGAGAUGCCUAUCUGUUUCUGUUUUUACAACAUAUACUGGCCAUCUAAAUAAUUGCUAAGUUGGACAAUAACAGGGAAAGUACCUGUAUAAGUGUUCGUAGGGGGUUCAUAAUACUUUGUCCAUAUGAUAUGUUUAUGAUUUAAAAUCUUUAAAGUAAAAGUUUGUUAAUUUAUCUUCAGCACAUAGUAAACUGAGUUUGCUUAAAGGCAUAGUCAGUUUCAUGUUAUAACCCCUCUCAGCUGUGGAAGAAAACACAAACAGACAUUAUGUUAAAGACGUGCAGAAAACUGCAUUCAUCAUGACUUCAAAGGACAUUGAUUUUUCAAUGAAGUGAAAGCUCUUUAUGUCAAUGUGAAACAUUGCUCCAAGGUUGUCAAACACUAGGCCAUAAAGCAUUAAACUAAUUCUAUACUACAUUUUUUUUGUACACCAAAACAUACCAUGUUUGUUGAAGUUACUAAUUAUUAAUAACUUAAUGAUGGAAAUGCCUUAUUCCAGACUGUUUGCUAUUAACAGCUUUUAGUGUCAGGAAUUUUGUCCUGGUUGGUAUUUUAAGAGUAUCCCUUCUCUCCAUUCUAGGCGUUUGUAGAAACACAACUUCAUUACAGACAAUCUUCUAGCAGGUUGAUCCUGUAUGACUGGAGUAUUCUCACUAACGCAUUCUACCAAUGUUUAUAUAUCAUGCUUUUUCUCUACAGCUUUGGAGCUUGCUCCUUUGACCAGUGGGAGAGUUCUCACACUGACAAACAAAUGGAGUCAUGUCUUUGUUCCUGAACAUGGAUUUUGUUGAUCUCAUUAUAGUUAAUGCAAUAUAUUUUUGAAGUUGUCAGUUGUUUAUUGUGUAUUCAUGAAGUUUAAGUAAGGAGAGCAAACUCUUUCAACCCCAAGGGAUUAAGACGUGAACAACUAAAAUGUGUGCAGCCACAUAACACUAACUGUACAAACACUGUAAAUGUGAAUCAUUUAAAUGGAAUUUGCAAUAAAUUCUUUUUGCAUAUUUAUCUGAAGGAUUGAUUUACCUUCCAGUGGAUCUUCUCAGGAUAUCAUAAUUCCUUCUGCAAAACCUACAAUUUCAAGUGUUCUAAUUUGUAAUUCAGAUAAUGGGUUAGGCUGAUAAAAGCACAUGUGAUCUCAUACAUUUUUUGUCAAAGUGAAACACCCCAUUUUCCACAACUGGAUAGUAAGACUUUGAUUUUAUGUUAUUUCCUUUUAGAAAAAAACAUUAAAUCUAUUACAAAGAACAGAAGGACUGUAUUACUCGUUGUCAAAAUGUUGAACAGGUUUGUUCCUUUAAACGUGUCUUUACUCACACUUUUUGACACUCAUGUGCAUAACACAUACCAGAGGUGGGACCAAGUCAUUGUUUUGCAAGUCACAAGUUAGUCUCAAGUCUUUGCUUUCAAGUCCCAAGUCAAGACCGACAAGUCUCAAGUCAAGUCCCAAGUCUUACCGUUUGAGUUUCAAGUCCUUUCGAGUCCUUUUAACAACGGAGAAAUAAUAUUUACACAAAUCAUGUAUGCUUUUAAGAUCUGUAUAUAUUUAUCAAACCAAGAACAUUGUUCACACACAUUUGAAAUAAACAAAGGCAAAUGUAAUUUCCACAGAAAGUGCUGACAUUGUAUUUCCAUUGCUUACUGCACUAUAACUGUCUCAAAGGAUCCUCAUUUUUGCAAAACACUCUUCACCUUAAAACUUAAAUCUAGC